GCGCCGGGAAGAUGCACGCCCCAAGUCCCGUUGCAUCACUUGUAAACAAUGGAGGAUGUGUUGAGUGAAGUUUGUUCCUCCGAAGACUUAAAGGUCUUUGAAAAGAAGUACAAUGAUGAAUUAGUGAAAGGCAUAGUCUCUAGCACUACUCAGUUUGAGUACGCCUGCUUCCUUGUCCGUAGCAGAUACCCAGCAGACAUCCAGCGAGGUGUGGUUCUCCUGGAGGAGCUCUACAAAAGACCAGAUGAAAUCGGCAAACGAGAUUAUGUGUUCUACCUUGCUAUUGGGAAUGCUCGUAUGAAGGAAUACCAGAGUGCUCUUAACUACCUGAAGGGUCUGCUUCGAGUCGAGCCUGGCAACAGACAGGUUCAGGAGCUGGAAACCGUUAUUAAGAAAAAAAUGGAAAAAGAUGCCAUGAAGGGAGCUGCCAUUGCUGGAGGAGCAAUACUGGGUGUAGGGGCCCUCAUAGGUCUAGGAAUGGCCCUUGCCAAGAAAUAAAAGGAAACAAGGCUGACCUUCCCUUGGGCUUAGUGUAUUUUUUCUGUUAGUUUCCCUUCUUGAUCUCAAGAAUGUAUUAUUAGAAAAGAGCCAAAAGAAAGUAUAAAGAGAAAGAAAAACUGCAAGAAGAGUUAUUCAUUCAUUCAUUCCGUCAGACCUAAGGGAGGUUUAUUGCAAGAUUUUUCUUACCUGUCCUUGAUCUUUAUCACCAGUGCUUCAUUUCAUGAAUUUGCAUAUCUUCUUUUUUACAUUCAAAUCAGGAGUAACGAGCUGAGAAGAGUUUAAACUUGUGUUUGCAUUUCUUUUACUCAAAGGUUUUUGAUGCAGUUUUCAGCUUAACCUCAGAGAAUUGUAAACUGUACAAGGACUACACAUUUAUUUACAGCCUUAGAAUGAAUCUUGUAUAUUUGUAGAGUUACAUAAUCCAUCCCCAAAAGAAGAUUGGCAAUAUUUAUAUUUGUGUAGCUUUAUCAAAUAUUUGUAAUCUUACAAAUACCCCUGUAUACAUCCAGGAAGUAUUCCAUCGUGUACAUAGUAAUCAGAUUAUUAUUUUAUCUGUCAUUAUUUAGCUGUGUACGGUUUUGAAUAUAUCAUAUCAGUCAAUCUUGAGUAAAUAAACAUGCAAGCUGUGAUUGUGAUUACCUGUAGUAUAUUGUGACUGUGAUUUUAAGUUGUAUAUAGGUUUCUUCUGGCAUUAUAUGAAUGUUUUUUUUUUUUUUUAAGGCUAUUAACUUAACAUGCAUGUUUUUCUCUGUUUACUGUCCUUUUUUCUGAUUUCAAAAUGUGGUGAGCGUGUUUAGACGAGAUCCCAUUACCAUACUGAGUAGUCCGUCUUAGGUCCGUGUGUCUGGUGAUCAGGGUAUUUGAUUCAAAGACUUAGUUUAUGCUUGGUUAUGUAAAUGUUUAACAGUACCGUUCAGAUGUAUUAUCUAUUUCCACGUCCACCCUGCACGAGCUGAGUCAUUGAGCCAAAAAUCUUUUUACAAAGAGGUAUACAUACUUGUAUACAUAGCACAUAAUUGUUUGGACUGGUUUUAUUAGAAAAUGUGCAUAGUACCACUGUGCUGUAUUAAGCUUCUUUUUUUUUGUACUAAAGGAACUACAUUGAUGGCCUUAUUGAAACUUCCAGAAAUUCAUACAGGUUGCAGUUUCUUCACAGAUACAUGUUUUCUGUAUUUAGAUAGCUGUCACUUUUUAAGGUUGUAAGAUACAAAUAUAUAUUAUUCACAAGAA